GUGGGUGCACGCAUCUUCGUUCCCAAAUACCGAGUCUUUUUUGUGUAAAGGUCCAAUCCUUAAUUCUCCAACGGUCAGUAGGUAGUACUGAGCCAGUUCUCGGCAGGGGUGAACGUUGACUGUUUAUACUUAGUUCAGUUUACUCCACUUAGUGCGAUGUUUCCGGAUAACACUGGCGCGAUGUGCGUUAUCAUGAGCUUGCUGCUAGUAGCAUCAUCUGAAGCUUUCUUCUUAAAAUGGGGAUCAGAUUCAACCAGACAACAGCAAGCUCAGAAGUCAUGGCUGCAGCCCAUAUCACCUAACAUACCACCAUACCGGUACCAAUACAUGUACUCACCUUAUGAGUCAAGGAAAUCGUACCAACUGCAGCCCCCGCAGUAUACUCAACCAGAAAUGCCUAUCCAUCAGAACAUGGCACCUAUUCCUAUAAGCGUGCCCGCCGGAGCUAGCCUCACACCCGUCUCGUUGCAACACGUCCAGCUUGUCCCUUGCAUGUGUCCUGUAGCACCCGAAGAGGCAGAGAAGUUGCAAGAACAAGUUGGACCUGGGCCAUAUCUGGCCCAAACUUACACACAGUCUUCGUAUGCAGUUCCACAGCAGGUAACGGUUGCUGCUGACAAAGCAACCACAAAACAAUAGAAUUCUAGUUUAUCUAUUAUUUAAUUUAAUAUCAUUUUAUGUAUUCCCGAAGAGAACCCACCAAUGACUGUUUUUUUAUGUAUAAUUUAUUACAUUUCAUUAUUUAUGGUACCUUAAGGUUGACUGAUAGAAUAGGGUGAAAUGGA